AUGUUCGUAGUCAGGGAUUUUUUUAACCAUUUUAGAAGUGUGCCGAUAAAGUUUCACAACCAGUUUGAUUCAGCUUACACAUUUUAAAAUUGAAGCAAAAUAUAUAAUGUAAUUGAGUUCCCGAUAGAACUAGCUUCUUGUUAAUUCGCACACAGUCGCCGGCAAUUCGGAAGGACGCCAACUGCAAAAUGGUCAGCCAGCUGCCAUCACAAUCGGCACACCUGGCGAAGCUAGCCCCAACAAGUCCUGUGGCAGUUGCCGUGGUCGGCGACUUCCAAAGGUCUAGCUCCAGUCACGAUCGCAGACCGAUUUUCGCAUUCUUUUUCACCACCGACCUGGGCGGCUACCUCCGGAGAUGCUUCGCUUUCGUCGCUAACAAGGUACGUUCUUUCAUUUGGCAGGAAUCGGAGCUUACCUACAAGGAUGUUCCCCUAUCGCCGGAAACCAGUAGAAGGUUGCGCCAGGUGCACCGAAAGACCUUGAUUCUAGACCUGGACGAGACCCUGGUGCACUCCUGUUACACCGAUCCGGAAACCAAUGAGCCGGUGGGCUGCAGCCAAGUGCCACAAGCUGCGAUGCCGGAUUAUCAGCUAUCCGUCACUGUCGAUGGCCUAGAACCUAUUGCUUUCAAGGUUUACAAGCGACCGCAUGUAGAUUUGUUUUUAAAAUACGUGUCGCAAUGGUAUGACCUGGUGGUAUACACCGCCAGUCUGGAGAUCUACGCCUCACAGGUUGUGGAUCGUUUGGACAAUGGGCGUGGCAUGAUUCAGAAGAGCUUUUACCGGCAGCACUGCUCCUCCACCACCUCGAUGGUCAGCAAGGAUCUAACCGUAGUUAACCCAGACAUGAGCGGCACCUUCAUCAUCGAUAACUCGCCAAAUGCCUAUCGCGACUUUCCGGACAAUGCCAUUCCCAUCAAGACAUACAUCUAUGAUCCGGAGGACACUGAGCUUCUGAAUCUGCUGCCCUUCCUGGAUGCCUUGCGCUUCACCAAGGAUGUGCGAUCGGUCCUGAGCAGGCGAGUUUCAAGUCGCUAGUCCAGUGAAACUUUCUAAUGUGAUAAUCAAAAGACAAUGUAAUAGCCCUAUAAAAUAAUUCAGUCAGUAUAUUAAAUGCAUAAAAUAUGA